CAGGCGGAGGAAGGUGCCAGACAGAGAGACUUCUGACCACUUGUUUCCGCUCCCGUUUAGCUGAUGGUUUGUUUCCCAUGUUGACUCCGUCUCUCGGCUCUUCUUAUAACAUUACUACACCCUGCACUUUAAUGUGCGCGCGAGCCUAUUCGUCUUUUCCCGUGUAGUCAUGUGAUAUGAAGUUGACAGAAGUGACGCGUCUUGGUUUUUUUUGUGUUUUGCAUAACCUGUAUCGGGAUCCACCGGAAGAAACGCACCUCAUACACUCGACGCAGAGGUGUUCGGCUCUGAACAGACUCGGCGGCAAAAUGAAAAUCCAGCUGAAAAUAAAUGGACUAAGGGGAGAGGAAAAUAUCAUCAAUCUUUGCGAGAGGCAAGAGGAGAUGAGCAGGAUCACUGUGCAGCAGCUAAAGAAUAAAAUCGCGGAAGAACUAAAUAUCGAGGAUGACUUCCGGGUGGUCCACAAAGCCAGGCCGCUGGAGGAAUCCGCCGUGCUGUCGUCCUACCGGAUCCGACAUCUGUCCACCAUCCACAUGCUGCUGAUGCUGCCCGGAGGCGCCUGACGUGAUGAAGACGCACAGAGACAGUGAAUGUGCCCUGCCCUUACUUGUUGGGGCAUAUGUUUGAAAAAACACGUAUAUGUUUAAAGUGCCCUGUGGUAAAUAAAACAUGAUAAUGGUGGCUCAAUGAAGAACGUGUUACAUGCUGCUAUAUGCCAGAAAACGAGUCGUUUCCUUUGCCCAAUGUCCCAAUUUAAACAUAAUUAAAUACCUACGGCAGGACUUAAAAUGAAAUGUCUAAAUAUUUUUUUGUAGAAAUGAGUUGUGUUACCGGUUAACAUGUCUUUCUUUAUUACAAGCUGAUGCUAUUUUUAUUAUUCUCUUCCUUGUGAAGUCUAUUCACCCACGUGUGCCAGUGAACGCUCUCCAUAUGUCAAUCAACAGCGUGCGUCACAUUGUUGGUUGUCAUCGAGUCAUGGGGUGUUAGGUGACAUUCAGUUGAAUCUCAGCAGCAAAAUGAAUUAUGACCCGCAGGGUAAACAAUAUGUCAUCAUGAGAAACUCAAAACAAAGAGAUCAGCAGAAACUGCGAGUAAAAGAAUGUAGUCAGACAACAUUCUGUAGUCUGUCAGUAAAGUAAAAACAAGAACAAGGAUGUUAGAAAUAUUCCCGAUAUCAUGCAGGAACACUUUAUAAUUGAAUUUUCUUUACUUCAUUAUCAGCAUUACAAGGCGUUUUCUUUCAAACAUCUGCCGUCUGGCAGCGAGGUUUCAAAAUAAAACCACACCUUUAAUCUUCCCUUAAUUAGCAUUGAGGCUCCUAACGCGAAGCUGCCGGUUGAGACAUUGAGAGGAAGCCACUUCCUCCACUACACCGUCCUGGAGUCAUCAUGUGAAGCUGUCAGUAAGUAUUAUUCCCCCUCUAAUAUCUCAGUUAGUAUCCUCGCAGCUGUUUGAAAGUUACUCCAAUCUAUUUGAUUUGAAUCCGUGCAGCUAUGUAUUGUGUUUGUCUUGUGUAAUCAGUGUUAACACUCAUUUCACAGCUUGGAUUAAAACCGUGAAUGUUACAGAGUCAUUGCACGCGAUGCAAAACAAUAACGCGCUUUGUUUACCCUCAGAUUACUUUCGGGACCAUCGUAGAAAUGUGUGAUUUAAGGUGCGCAACCCGAACUUUACUUCUUUAACAAUAACUUCCUCCUGCUGGCGGUCCGUCAGAGAUCUACAUCCGUCCACAGUUUUGUUCUCGUGCCAGUGCUGCUGCUGUCCAGGUUUAAACUGUCUCCUCCACAAAAGUCAAAGGAAAAACUUCACAGGAGGAAAGAUGAGCGGCUCAAGAAAACGACCGAAUAACGAGGCUGUAGUGGUAAAGUGGAAGAAACGAAAAGAAAACAACGAUGCAGUGACUCCGACACAGAGACGUCAUUAUGGUCUGUAUAAUCAGGGUGCCACAUGUUACCUCAACAGUGUCCUGCAGGUUUUCUCCAUGACAACAGAGCUCCACGACAGGCUGGAGCCAAAAUCACAAACCACAGAUCAAGAGCUGAUAGUCGUCUUUAAAAAACUGAAGAAAACAUGUAAAACAAAAAACACCGGCAAGAGUUUGGCGAUAGAGAACGCUAACAAUAACAGUACAUCAGAAAGCUGUGAUAUACGCGAUCCAAGAGCCAAACAAACGGAUCUUCAGCUGAGAAAAAUCUUUGAAGGCCUGAAGGAAGCAACAUGUAGGACAGAAACGAUCACAGCAGCAUUCGGGAUCCUAAAUGUUGGUGAACAACGGGAUGCAGCUGAAUGCCUGGAGAUGAUUUUACGUAAGAUCAGCCCACAGGCCUCUGAGGUUUUCCAAGGAGCGCUGAGACACACAACAAAAUGCUCCAAAGGCCACAUAAUCAUUGAAGAGACAAAUGAGUUCUGGACUCUUCCACUGUCACUGAAUGACACUCAUGACUCAUCCUACAGCGUGGAAAGCGGCUUUGAAAGGAUUUUCCAGUCGAAACCACACAAUGGAGUGUACUGCAACGAGUGUGAAGAGACAACAGAGGCGACCAGCAGGUGUGAGAUGGUGGUAUUUCCUCAGAUUUUGACUCUCCUUCUCAAGAAAUUUGACUUUGACAACACCACCAGGACACAUUCCAAAACAAACCGCCGUGUGCAUGUGCCACGUGAAUUAGAGACAAAGGACAUGAACUAUGAACUGUAUGCGGUGGUGAAUCACAUUGGCAGUGUAAGAGGUGGACAUUACACGGCCACCAUCCUGUCCAAUGAGGACAGAACCUGGUACGAGUUUGAUGACACUCACGUCUCCAAGGUUAAAGAGCAACUAUUUGCAGAAACCAGGACUUACAAUUCCAGCACUGCCUAUCUGCUGAUGUACAGAGCCGCAGCAAAACAUGACGACACAAACCAAAUCCCUCCUCCAACACUAAACACGAGCCACUCCAGUCGACCCCCUGACAGCACAUCAGUAGAGAUAGAAAAAGAUGAGAGUUCUCAGAAACUCUCCAAGAGUCCAACUUGCAAGAUGACUCCCCUUUGGAUUUCACUCAUCCUUAUCGCUUGUGUGUUAGUUGCGAUCCUUAUUGUUGUAUUGUCAAUAAUAUACAGCUAGGGAGGAUUUAUGUCAGCACUGAUCACUGGUUCAGCCAGAAAGUUGGCUCUCACGGUGAUAAUGAAAACCCUUUGUACGCGAUGUACUGAACCAUGUGGACACAUGUUGAUGAUCAAGGGACACCUGUAAUCUUUACCUCAGCGUCACUAUUCAUUCUGUUAAUGUUUUUUUGCCAUGUUUUGUCAUUACUCUUUUUUAGUGUCACUUAUUAACAUUAUGUUUUGUAGAAGUUCAACUGUUCAUGACUUUGCUGUUUAAUAAAAAUAAAAAAGA